UGUUAAUUUGUAACUUGAAAAUACGAAUAUUUGUUUUCUUUUUCUUUGGUGGGAACUUCCCCUCUCAGGUUCAAUCACAGUAGUUGAUUGGAUUAUCAUUAUCAGACAAUAAAUGUGACAAUACACCGCAGAUAUUGGUGAACACUAGUACAACAGCCAGCGGAUCAGAAACCUUUACAACUCGGCUAUAAAAGCCUUCAGAUGUCAUGAGAGAAACAUUCGGACGACGACUUCUGCUCUUUGGAUGUUUGCUUUUAAUCUUUAUGUCAUAUUACAAAUGGAGCGUGACUCAAGAACAGAAAACAGAGCUCAAACAGGAAGUAAGGAAGCAGCUGCUACGAGAACUAUGUCAUGAUGAGAAGAAUUUAGGAAACAUCGCUCAGAAGGAUUUACGUCAUCUUAUUGUGAAUGACAAACAUGGCAUCAUCUACUGUUUCAUUCCCAAGGUGGCGUGUACCCACUGGAAGAAGGUGAUGUAUGUUCUUAAGCAGAAUGAGCCAUAUCCUGACCUCACAUCUCUCCAAAAUGUCUCAAUCCACACCAGGAACAAGUUCUCCUUCCUCAGCAGCUUUUCAAAAGCAGAGAUUAAGGUGAGGCUUAAGCAUUACACCAAGUUCCUGUUUGUCCGUGACCCAUUUGUCCGUCUCAUCUCUGCCUACCGGGACAAGUUUGGAAAAAAAGAUCAAUAUUUCUAUGGGCUUUUUGCCAGGGACAUUCUGCGUCUCUAUGGUAACGAAACUAAUCCACCAAAGACAGCGAAUGAGGCUUUGGCAUCAGGUCUGCGCCCCUCAUUUCACAACUUUAUUCAGUACCUGCUGGACCCAAAGACCGAGAGGAAUGAGCCCUUUGAGCCGCACUGGAGGCAGAUGCAUCGCCUGUGUCACCCCUGCCUCAUACAGUACGAUUUUGUUGGCCACCAGGAGACUCUUCAGGAAGAUGCUCAGGAGCUUCUAGAGAUCUUGAAGCUGCACAAUGACAUUAAGUUCCCUCCCUCCUACGUAAACAUGACGUCUCCCGACUCUGUCAUGAACUGGUUCAGAACGGUUCCUCUGGAGGACAGGAGGAGGCUGUACAAACUUUAUGAGAGGGACUUUCAACUCUUUGGUUACAGAAGACCAGAUGAACUUCUUGAUGGCUGAAAUACAUGCAAGAAUAAACAAUGUUAUUUUGUCAACAAUAACAGCUGAUGUCAUUUGAAACUCAAUGAAGCUGUAAAACUGAUUCAUGGACUUGUUUUUAUUUGUAUUAGUUUUAUAAUUUAUUUAAAUCAGAGCAAUAUCUUCAGUCAAAUAAAUGUUUAUUUUUUAUAAUAUUUGACUUAUAUUGAAGAUGGUUUAAUGAUCUGUACGGUGUACAUAUAGAAUAAAGCUCCUUCAGCUUAUUUAUUUGUCAAAUGUGUUUUCAACCUCACUUUCUGUCUGGUGUAAUUUAUGCUGCAAAGGAUGACCAUGUGGUUCUAUGACUUUACACUGAAUUACAAAAAUAAAAAAAAACUAAUAGUUUGGA